AUGGCGGAUGCAGUGGAGGAAGUUCUUGAAGGCAGCUGGGAUCAGGAUCUGGCUGAGGCCCUGGACUCUGGAGGCUCUGACCUGGAUCUUGAGAUGGACAUACAGGGGGAGCUGGGGUUGGGGGGAGGUCUGGGUCUGGAUGGGGAAGAGGCCAGCGGGGUUAUUCGAGUCCAGGAACUACCAGCCCAGCAGAGAGCCAAGCUGUGGAAGAUUGCGCUGAAUGUGGCAGGUAAAGGAGACAGUCUGUCCUCGUGGGAUGGAGUCCUGGAUCUUCCAGAACAGACCCUUAUACACACCCGCUGCCAGCAGCUCAUUGACCAGCUGGGGGACGUGGCGGAGGAGGAGGGGCGUGACAUGGUGUCUGACGUAGAGUCUGUCAUCACGUUCUACUGUAAGUCCCGAAACAUCACCUUCACCCCUGACCUCUCCUGGCCACACCUCCUCAAACCGCUGCUGGGCCUGCAGCUGCCCCGCUCCGAUCUCUACAACUGCUUCUACGCCAUCAUGAAUAAAUAUAUACCACGGGACUGUGUAGUGAAGGGCCGUCCGUUCCACUUGUACAGACUGCUGCUUCAGUAUCAUGAACCAGAACUCUGCUCCUUCCUCGACACCAAGAAGAUCACCCCAGACUCCUACACUAUACACUGG